AUGCAACCGUGGCUAAGAGUGUCCCUGCUGCUGUGCGUGUUUGGGUUCUUCCGCGAGCUGCGCGUUUCCGAACCGUUCGUCACCGAGUUUCUGUCCGGCGAGUGGCGGGACAUCGAGCCGGAACAGCUGAACCGCGAUGUCUACCCGAUCGGCACGUACAGCCAGGUCGCGCUGCUGGUGUUUGUGUUUCUGCUCACGGAUAUUCUCAGAUACAAAUCGAUAAUUGUGUUUUCCGCCUGCCUGGGCAUCGUCAUCUGGUCGCUGCUGCUGUGGACGGAAUCACUAGCAGCCCUGCAGGUUGUGCAAGUGCUGUACGGUGCCUACAUGGCCUCGGAGGUCGCCUACUACACGUACAUCUACGCCAAGAUCAGCCGAGAGAAGUAUCAACAGGUGACCGGGAACACGCGGGCCGCCAUCCUGCUCGGGCGCUUUCUGUCCGGCGUCAUCUCGCAGGUGCUCGUCUCUACCGGGGCCAUGAAUGUACGCGACCUGAAUUACAUUACGCUCGGCACGCAAGCAUUUUCUCUGCUCUGGUCGUUUCUGUUGCCCCCGGUGAAGACCAGUGUUUACUUCUAUUCCCGCGAGUCGGCGAAACAACCGGCGGUCGAGGAGCACGGAAAACCGUACACGGUUGAGCGUGCUUCGGUUACGUCAUCGCACCGGCAGGACCUUCAGGAGAAUGGUGGUGCACCGGAACCAGCCCAGAACAACACGAACACCGACACGAUGGAUGUUGCAAAAAACGCCGAUAAUGCAGAGCUACGGCCAAAGGUGCGCUUCUCGGGGUCCCGAGCCGUUCGGUUGCUAUGGCGACAUCUGAUCGGUGCCUACCGCCAGCUGCCCGUCGUCCAGUGGAGCCUUUGGUGGGCGCUAGCGAUGGCUGGCUUUAUCCAGGUGCAGGUGUACGUGCAGCUGCUGUGGCACGAAAUCGACCAGGAUCAGGACACGCUGUUUAAUGGCGGUGCCGAGGCGCUACUCACCCUGCUUGGGGCACUUAGUGCCCUCGUGGCCGGGUACGUAGCGAAUCGCAUCUUCGAACAGUGGGCCCUCUGGAUUCUGACGGUGUGCUCUGGGCUGCAGGGCGGCCUCAUCCUGUACUCCGGGUUCGCCACCAACGUGUGGGUCGCGUACGCGCUUUACAUCCUGUUCGGGACGCUGUAUCUCUUCAUGAUUACGAUGGCAAGCGCCAUCGUGGCCAAGUACCUGGAAGAGGACAGCUUUGGGUUGAUCUUCGGCAUCAACACGUUCGUGGCGAUCGGCGUGCAGGCGCUGCUCACCCUAGCGACGAUCUCCGAGCGCGGCCUGAUGCUGGACCCCCGCGACCAGUUCAAAGUGUACGGUGGCUACUUCCUGGUGCUAUCGAUAAUCUACCUAAUUGCUGCCGUCGUCACCGCCGUGCUCCGGAUGUUGCGAGGCGCCUCAACCAAUCCAACCGCAACCGCACCCAACCUUGCCACGGCGACACAAGCGACGGCAUAA